CCGCUGCUGCCUUGGAGGGGGAGACACUUGGGGGGGAGCCAGUGACGUCGGGAGUUUUCCUCAAAGUCAAUAACGAACCUGGAGAAGGAGGCGGCAGGAACCAAGACGAGCGGUGGGCCCCGGGCCGCUCCGGGUGAAUUUUGCUGGGAACAGCAGCAGUCGCCGCCGCCCCGACUCCCUGGAUGCUGCGGCCGAGCUGCCCAGGCGGGCGCCUCCCUGAAUAGCGGAGAGUCGCUAUCGAUGUAGCCGCCGCCCCGCCUGCGUCUCUCAGAGCGUCGCUAGCUGGAGUCGAAACCUUCGCAAUCACGCCGAGGCAGACUGCAGUCGUGAGGGUCUCACCCCGGCAGGGGGGACGAGGGAGGAGAGAUCGUGGGCGCCCCCCUGCCCGGAGCCCCGCUUCCACGCCGACGGCCGGCACCCGCCACCCUCGCCUUUUGCUGCAGUGAAACAGUCUUGCUAUAUGGAAGUUAUUUGGAAAGAAAUAUGACUGAUUUUACUAGGUCUUCAAAGAAGGCUGCUUUAAAAUAUUGGAAAGUCAGAAGAAUAAAGGAACUCUAAAAGUAAUACUGCAAAAUAUUAAUUCUUUAAUCUGAAGGCUCAGUGGAGCCAUCAUGAGCGAUGUUACAAUUGUGAAAGAAGGCUGGGUUCAGAAAAGAGGGGAAUAUAUAAAAAAUUGGAGACCAAGAUACUUCUUGUUGAAGACAGAUGGCUCCUUCAUAGGAUAUAAGGAGAAACCUCAAGAUGUGGAUCUACCAUAUCCUCUUAACAACUUUUCAGUAGCAAAAUGCCAGCUAAUGAAAACAGAGAGACCAAAACCGAACACAUUUAUUAUCCGAUGUCUUCAGUGGACCACUGUGAUAGAAAGAACAUUUCAUGUAGAUACUCCAGAAGAACGGGAAGAAUGGACGGAAGCCAUCCAGGCAGUGGCAGACAGGCUUCAGAGGCAAGAAGAGGAAAGAAUGAAUUGUAGCCCAACAUCUCAGAUUGAUAAUAUUGGAGAGGAAGAGAUGGAUGCCUCAACAACCCACCAUAAAAGAAAGACAAUGAAUGAUUUUGAUUACUUAAAACUACUUGGCAAAGGCACUUUUGGCAAAGUUAUUCUGGUCCGGGAGAAGGCAAGUGGGAAAUAUUAUGCUAUGAAAAUUUUAAAAAAGGAAGUUAUUAUUGCAAAGGAUGAAGUGGCUCACACACUUACAGAAAGCAGAGUUUUGAAAAACACUAGACAUCCUUUUUUAACAUCUUUGAAAUAUUCAUUCCAGACCAAGGAUCGUCUGUGUUUUGUGAUGGAGUAUGUCAAUGGAGGAGAGCUGUUUUUCCAUUUGUCGAGAGAGCGGGUGUUCUCUGAGGAUCGCACACGCUUCUAUGGUGCAGAAAUUGUGUCUGCUUUGGACUAUCUGCAUUCUGGAAAGAUUGUAUAUCGUGAUCUCAAGUUAGAAAAUCUAAUGCUGGAUAAAGAUGGACACAUAAAAAUCACAGAUUUUGGACUUUGCAAAGAAGGAAUCACAGAUGCAGCUACUAUGAAAACAUUCUGUGGUACUCCAGAAUACUUGGCUCCAGAGGUUUUGGAAGACAAUGAUUACGGUCGUGCAGUGGAUUGGUGGGGCCUUGGAGUUGUUAUGUAUGAAAUGAUGUGUGGCAGAUUGCCAUUCUAUAACCAGGAUCAUGAGAAACUUUUUGAACUAAUUCUAAUGGAAGACAUAAAAUUUCCUCGAACUCUCUCAUCUGAUGCAAAAUCAUUGCUUUCAGGUCUCCUGAUAAAAGAUCCAAAUAAACGUCUUGGUGGAGGACCAGAUGAUGCUAAAGAAAUUAUGCGACACAGCUUCUUUGCUGGAAUAAAUUGGCAAGAUGUAUAUGAUAAAAAGCUUGUCCCUCCUUUUAAACCUCAAGUGACAUCUGAGACAGACACCAGAUACUUUGAUGAAGAGUUUACUGCUCAAACUAUUACAAUAACACCACCUGAAAAAUAUGAUGAAGAUGGCAUGGACUGCAUGGACAAUGAGAGACGGCCACAUUUCCCUCAGUUUUCUUACUCUGCAAGUGGACGGGAAUAACUUCCUCUUCUAUAUUCCUGCUAUACAGACAUACUUGAUUUAUCACUGAAAAUGAUUCCUGAACAUCACCACCAGUCCUUGCUAUUAUUUAGGAGAGCAGAGCACUUUCAGAAAUCAUUCCAAAUUGACCAAGUUCCUUUUCUGACUGAUCAACCUAUUUGAUUUAUCUGCAUGAGAUUUUAUAUUGGUCUAAGUUGACUGCUGUUACUGCUGUCUCAGCAUGAAAGUCACAGCAAAAAGCAUUCACCAAAUAUUGUGGUAUUAGAUGGCAAAUUCUCAGUUGUGUGAUUUGUGCACAGCCAGCUCUCAUUCUUUUGCCUUCUCAGACCAGAGGCUAAAGGACUUGUUGGUCUGUGAUACAGUCCUCGCUCCUUCUAAAAGCCAGAUUAAAAUUCUAAAAUGUGACUAAUUAGGAUGUUUUCUCAAACCAAUUGGAGCUUGACAGAACUAGGAAAUAUUAGGUGGUGGUGGUGUACAUAUGCAAGGUUUUGGUAGAUGUAUGUCAUCACUUGAAUCAGUUUUACCUUUAACAUCUGGAUACAAACAUUCAGGCGGACUUAUAAUUGUUGAUAUAUAUGUGUGUGUGUGUGUGUGUAUAUAUAUAUAUAUAUAUAUAAUAUAUAUAUAUAAAGAUAUAUUAUAUAUAAUUUUUUUAUUACCGUUGGAUACUACCCAAGAAGCAAAAAGUCUGGGAUCACCUAGUUUCCCAUUUAGACUUCCAGAUUCAUGUGCAAUUAUGAAGAAUGGGACAUUGAAAUGGAAGAAAUUAUAGCAUAAAAGCAGCAAUUGAAGUUGUUUAAACGUCUUAUGAUUUGUGUCUUGUGCUUUCCUUUUUCUUUGUUGAUAUUCAUCACCUCUGGUGGCUGAAGAAUUUAGACAAGCUUAAUAACACUGCUUUUCACCAAAAUUUGUAUACUAAGGUAAACAAUUGUUUGCCUUUUAUGUUUUUGAGUUUAUGAACUAGUUUCUUUUUCUUCAGAUGUUUUAACUGAAUAUUUUGUUACACUUCAGUAGUAUUUAUUUUUAGUGACAAUGAUUGUAUGUGUCAUGUUUGCAAAUGCUGCUACAUCCUAGAAGAGGCUUGCAAUUUAUUUUAUAAUGUAUGGAAGAACUGUACAAGCUGAACAAAAGAAUGCACUUUUUCUCUAUGUGAAAAUGUUAACAAGAUUCUGAAAGUGUACCUUGUACUUAAAAUUUGGUUUUUAUAGUUAAACUAUUUCAUUAUGGUCAAGAAAAAAAUCCCCAAACCAUGUAUUCUGAUUGUUUGCACACACUUUAUUGAAGUUGAAUGUUGUAUAGAAGUUGGAUAGCCCUUGAAAAUUUUUAAGUUACCAAGGCCACAGUGAUUACAAGAAAAUGCAUUGUAUUGUUUCAAACAUUUAGUUAGAUUGGUGGGAAUAUCUGUUUUAAAAUGAUGUAUUAGUUCUAGCCAUGACAGAUACAACAUUUUUAGUGAAGCUAAUUCUCAAAAUAUUUAUUAAAUAGGAUGUUUGAAUAUUUAUUUUUUCAUUUAAAAGAUUUAAAAGAAUAAACGUGUGACGAAAGGCAAUUUAUUAUAUCGCCUUUGGUGAUGGGAGUUGAGAUUUUCUAAAGGAGCCAGUAAGUGUAAUAGUGCAUGCCAGAUUAGCCCUGAAGGACGAUCUGUGGGAUUGUAACUGAUGAUUCUUGACUUCAUUCUUUGUAACUCCUAUAAUCUUUUAAGAUCCUAUAUGACUUGUCUAAGUCUUAUGAUAGCUGUCUUCAUGACUUUAGAAAAUAUUUACAUGCAAUUGUAUCCGUCUCUUGAUGCAGAAAAUGUACAUACCCUGAAGUAUCACUGCAGGCAGUGGAACAUGCUAGGGUUAUCAAGAGGCAUGUGGGCAUUUUAUUAAGGCAGCUAGGAUAAAUCUAUGCUUUAAAGAAGUAAGAUAGAUAUCAUUGUAUCUUUACAUUACAGUAGGUCAGAAAUACUGUGUACCUCUUGCGUAGAAGGAUUAUAGAAUAAGACACCAUCUGUAUUUAUUAUUAAAAAUUGUGAAGCAGUAAGGAGGAGUCAGAAGGAAUAAUGGCUAACAAAUUUAGUUCAUGAUCAGUGUCUUAAUAUAUUAAAUAAGUACACUGUUUCUUUAAUAAUAGUCAAAGUAUUCUCAGUUCAGCAGUACUAAUAUGCAAAAAUCUCUUUGAUGUUCAGAUGGCCACGAUGGUUAAUUAGGACCCCUUCUCUCCUUCUGGUAUGGAUAAACUAGAGAAGUCAGGGGUCUCAUCCACCAAAUGGAUGGGGCGUGCACUAUUGCCAUUGAUUUCCUUACCUGAAAUAUGCCAACCUAAACUAAUAUGAAGCCCCAUAUGUGCUGCAUGCAUGUCUCCUCCCUUGCAGCCCUUACAUAAGCAUGAAAUCUGCACAUGGGUCAGUCUUGCUGGAUUGGGACAGGUCUGCCUUUCCACAGUUCAAGACAUUUAUUGAUUAGGCUGGUGUGUACCUGGGCCAUUUUAGUUUGCUCCUAAUUUAUAGAAGAAUCAAGUUGCACAUAACCAUUGAGCUGAUAUAAUUCAGUGUUACAAUACAGAGCAGCCUCAACAGACUGUUUAGGAGAAAGGGGUAUUCAUUACACUCAAAUGUCUGUUAAAUGCUCAGGUUCCCCUCUGCCCCCACCCCCACCCUGCUUUCCUUGCUUUUUCCCCUUCCUAGAGGUGAACUACAGGAAAAAACACUUUCAAGUGCAGCCCUUUAAGGGACAUAGUCAUUCCUGGCACCAGCCUUUGAAGUGUUUGAUGGACACUUUUCUUCCAGCUCCUGUCGGUGAGGAAGCAGUGGCCAGGGCUGGAGACAAGACAAAGGGAAGGAAUCACUGCUGUGGCUGUUGCACCAGCACUUGCCCACUGAGCCUCCCCCAGCACCUCCCCAGCCUCCCUUCCUCAGCCCCACCCCGCCCCGCCUCCCAUUGUCUGCCUGGUUUUCCCAGUCCUUUCCCACCUUGGCUCUCCCAGGAACUCCAGCAUUACAUAUGUACAGGAUCCCCCCACCCCACCCCGAUCAUCCUUGCCUUUUUUGUCACCCAGAAGUCAAACAGCAGGAAUAUCCAUUUUUGAGGGUUAGCAGCAAUUGAUGUCCAGACCCUUCCCCACAAACAAGGGAGAAGUCUGUUCGUUUGGGAUGCUGUCCACAUGGAAAUUUUGUUCAAUGUAUCCAAAGUCUGUUAAGAGGAUUUCCUGUACCAUUUGUGGGGGUCAAUAGUAAAUUAUUUUUUUAAAAACAUGCCAUUGGUCAGUCAGUAUACAGGGAUAACAUUCCAUGCAAUCCCAUUUUUACAUUAUACAAAUAUUAUAUUCUGCAUUCUAAAUCAUUAAUACUAUUUUUAUCAUGACCCUAUCUGAUUAUAAUUGCUUGUACUUACUGCUUUCAGAAUUUUGAUGUGUUGGCCAGGGAACUUAAUUUAGUAAAAUUAUAGGGGUUAGUAGAAAAGUGAAAUGCAGAAAUACAUGAAAUAGAAUUUCUGUGGUCUUUUUCUUUGGUUUUGUAUAAUUGAUAUUUUGCCUUUUAUAGUUAGCCCCAGAUCCGAGAUUAGUAAUACUUGCUUACUAACAUGUUAUCAAAAACAAUGAACAUAGACCAGUUAUGCUAAUAUGCAAGAAAAUAUAAAAUGCAAAUAUUACUGCCCAAUUGAGUUAUGCUGUCUACUCAACAUACAAUAAUUGAUGAGUAGCUAUGUAUAAAAUGGGGCCAAUAUAUAUAUUCUUUUUGCCAUCACAUGUAUAGGUGAGCUGCCUCAUUUAGGACACUCAUUCCACCAAUAUUAGGUAAGUGAGGCUCAAUUCAGCUUUCCCACACUCACUACAUUCCUUUUUAACAGCAGAAUUUUAGGUUUUUAACAAGGCUUCCAUGUCUCACCCUUUCUCAAUAUAUAAUUUGGAUAGACAAGAGAGAUAUUUAUAAAUAUUACCUCUCUCCUGAAUUCCUCAUGUCAACCAACGUAAUUUACUAGUCCAGAAGAAAUUAGCUUUUGCCCAAAGGAUCAGAAAUAUUUUCUGUCCUCUCAUUGUAAAUGCACACUACUUGAAACAUUUAAAUGAUCCUAUCUCUAUUGACCUGAUGUUUGCAGGCUGCCAACAUUGGGCUUCUCAGAAAAAUAUUU